UAGCUAUUUGGUCGACGACCAGAGUCAGGUCAUGAUUAGUCGUCAGGUUGUGAUGCUCCAGCUCUGAUCUCGUAGAUAAUACUUUUUAGGUUUUUCGACUGAUUGAACAUUGGCGAUUAAGCUCUAUUCUGGCUUGAAUCAUCGCAGACUGUUCAGAAAGUCGGUCGGAAAUCAAACGAUCAAAUUUGGUGGAUCAUUUUCUUUUUGAGGCCUCGUCAAUGAAGAUGCGUUUGUGCUUUUGAUCGAAAGAAAACAAGACAGAUUUACAGUUUAUCGACGAGGCUAUAUUAAUUUCUACCUGUGUUGGGACUGCCCCCAUCUUCUCAUCUAUAACCAUGAUUUCUCGGAGCAAGUCUAUUAUGUUACUCACGUGGUUCCUGUUCACUGUAUACUCAAGUGAAAUUCAAGCAAGAUCGGUACCACACAGCGCUAAAGACAGUGCACAGGCACUAACCAAUCCAGAUCCGGAAUCGCCGACGUCAAUGCCCGAUGUUGCCGGAUCAUCUUCAAAGGAAAUACCACAUGAUACCGACGACGAUGUCAACAUCGAAAGUGCAUACCAUUACGAUGAUGGCAACAAUGCGGAGAGCGCGUACUACUCGAACUCGGCUGACAAUCAGAACAGUGGCGUGUAUGAAAGCGUUAUAUACAAUGACGAGGUCUUGGAUGAUGACGACGACGACGAAAAGGAUGAUGACGAUGGUGAGUCAGUGCUCCAUCAACAAUCUGAAAAUACUGGUAAAUGAUUUUUAAUUUAUCGCAGGGGGGGUUAUAA